AUGGCGGUCCGUGCCAUGCGCACCGUCCGCAGCCGCGGCGUCCGCAGUUUUGUGCGGGGCAUCACGGUGGAAGCCAUGAGGCUGAACACGCCAUUGAAGGAGAUGGACCCCGAAAUCUACAACAUCAUCGAAGCUGAGAAGGAUAGGCAACGCCGUUGUGUGAACCUCAUCGCCUCCGAGAACUUUGCACCGGUGCCGGUGCUCGAGGCGGUGGGCUCAGUGAUGGUCAACAAAUAUUCCGAGGGAUAUCCAGGAGCCCGAUACUAUGGUGGUAACGAGUUCAUUGACCAAGCAGAGACUUUAUGCCAGCGAAGGGCUUUAGAAGCAUGCAGGCUAGAUCCCAAGGACUGGGGCGUCAACAUCCAGUCCCUCAGCGGAUCUCCGGCAAAUUUCCAGGUCUUCACCGCCCUCUGCGACGUCCAUGACCGAAUCAUGGGCUUGGACCUUCCCCAUGGAGGUCACUUGUCCCACGGCUACCAGACAGACACCAAGAAGAUUUCCAUGGUGUCCAAGUACUUUGAGUCCAUUCCCUAUCGCCUCAAUGAAGACACGGGUCUGAUCGACUACGACGAGUGCGAAAAGUUUGCUUUGCGGAUCCGCCCAAAGAUUUUGAUCGCAGGAACCAGCGCUUACUCCAGGCUGAUUGACUACAGUCGAAUGCGUGAGAUUGCUGACAAAUGUGGGGCCUAUCUCUUGGCGGAUAUGGCGCACAUUUCUGGCCUCGUGGUUGCUGGAGCCAUCCCUUCUCCUUUUGAGUAUGCAGAUGUCGUCACGACCACAACGCACAAGUCCCUGCGUGGUCCUCGUGGCGCCAUGAUUUUCUUCAGGAAGGGACAGCGAGGUGUGGAUAAGAAAGGCAAUGCCAUCAUGUACGACUUAGAGGACCGCAUCAACGCCAGCGUCUUCCCGGGGCUUCAAGGUGGUCCUCACAAUCAGAGCAUCACUGCAUUGGCGGUGGCCUUGAGACAAGCAAACUCACCUGAAUUCAAGACCUAUAUUGAGCAGGUGAUCAAGAACUCCAAAGCCUUUGGCGAAUCCUUGCAGAAAUGCAACUUCAAUUUGGUAUCUGGAGGCACCGACAACCAUCUGCUGUUGAUCGACUUGCGCUCCAAGGGCAUCAAUGGCUCCAAAGCCGAAGCCGUUUGUGAGCAGGCUUCCAUCGUGUUGAAUAAGAACACGAUCCCGGGAGAUAAGAGCGCGAUGAACCCCAACGGCCUGCGAGUGGGUACUCCUGCGAUGACCUCCAGGGGAUUGAUGGAGGACGACUUUGUGCGGAUUGGAGAGUUCAUUGGCAGCGCCGUGGACAUUGCAGCUGAGGUGCAGAAGGAGAGUGGCCCCAAGCUGGUGGAUUUCAAGCGAGUACUUGCAGAGAGCCCCCCAGGAAAACUCUUGGAGCUCAAGAGCCAGGUGGAAGACUUUGCCAAUCUUUUGUUUUUUGUGGCCCGGGGCUCGCGUUGCGCCAUUUUCCUAGAUCCCUUGAGUUUCAGCAAGUGGCUGGAGCACAGGGAAACCCUGGGAGAGUUCCCACAGACGUCGGAUGAUGGCCGGCAACCGCAGAAGUCUGGGACUU